AUGGGAGCAAAACGCUCCAGAAGUGGUUGCUGGACAUGCCGCGAACGCCAUCAGAAAUGUGAUGAGACGAAGCCGGCAUGCUUGAAUUGCCGCAUACGAGGUGCUGAAUGUGGAGGCUACGGAAUACGCCUCGCAGAGUUCACUGUACGCGGCGACGGCCAAAUGGUGUCCAAGGUGACUAGAGGAGGCCGUCGUCAAUCAAAGGACCGAGGCCGCAAUCCGAAUAAGAGACCAAAGCAUCGAGGGUCAGAUGCCGGUGAAGUUGAAUGUACGUCAAAGGCGACGGAAGACAUCAAUCACCAAGGCACGCCGAUCAAUCAUGACUCAGUUCCAUCGAGUAGCCUUGGGGUUGACUCGACCAAUCCGUCCGCUAACCCCAAGGCAAACUUGGAGUCGAACCUAGGAGUGGCCAGAGAAGAGGAUUUGACCCAGAUUUCCGAUCACAUCUCAACUCCUAGCCAUCACUCCAUCACGAAUCUCUCUCCAGAACGCAGUGAUGAAAGUCAGAUUAAUUCCGAAACACAAGUGUCAACUGCUGGUGUUCACGAAGUCAUACAAGACGCCGAAGAUACUUGGCGGAGCCAAGAUGACCUGGACACGUAUGAUGAUGUAGUCUUGCAGUUUUGUGGCGAUGUAGCCCACAUACCAUCCCUUGACCUUGGGUCCGUCAUCGGGUCGUUGGCUGUGCAUGCUGAUCCAGUGGACUACUUCAUUGAUGACCCUGCACUUGACUUUGGCUUGGAUCCUGCAGAAGAUGACCAAGAAAGAGGGGAGCUAGGGUUAAAUGAUGUCGCAGAGCCACAGGCGGCCGACCGAAUAUUGUCUCGAUUCAGCGGCAGCUCGUCUCUGCCGCCCACGCCAAGUGACCCUUUCGAACAAUAUUUAUUCUGCCAUUAUCUCAAUCCAUACCGCGAGAUAUACGGGGCCCUCGCCGCUCGAUCGUCUCCGCUUCGAAGCACGAUAAUGUUCGCUUCAGCUUUCCAUCUAGCAAACCUGGGAAGGUUGCCCAAGUUUGCAAUUCAGCCAUACCGCAAAGCCAUGAGAGAAGCGUUUCGAAAGGCCCUGGCCGCGGAAACUGACAUUGAGGGACUCGCCGCUACGGCCCUGCUGUCGGUGGUCUUUGACGUCAUUGGGACUGGCCUGGAUGCUUGGAGCUCGAAGCUCGUCGGUUGCAGACGACUGCUGGAGAGUGCCAUUCUCAGGUCAAAUGGGACCAUGGGUGCUUCCCUACAAUGCAUGGUCGUGCAGUACAACUGGGCUGCCGUUAUGAGCCGCACACUCCUUCGGGACGUCAAGCCUAAGGAUGUAAUCGACGAGCUGAGCACCGUUGUUCGUGCGUCUGAUCUCCAGCUGGCCGAUGAUGAACGUACCCAGGGGGCCAAGAGUCAAUCCCUCUGGUGGCACAACCUCCCUGACCAUACCAUGCACUUGAUGCUCCGCGAGGCAACAGAUCUCGCCAGCCAAAUUCAUCAUCUGAAGGUGUCCUGCAGCCCAGUAGACGAUAUCUUGCAGCUCAUGCCUCAAGCUGGGGACCUCGUGGAGCGAUUGAGGAACUGGGAUCCAGAUGUGUCCAUGGUAGAUCUCGAGUUCGUGGAUUCCGUCGAACACUUCAACGCCAUCUGGCAACAGGGCAUGCUCUGUUUCGUCUACCAUGAGAUCUACGCGCUCAAGUCCGAGGACAUGCGUAUACAAAGAUGCGUAGAUGCCGCCAUUGAGCCACUGAAGAAGCUCUCUUGGCUGCAAGCUUGUCUUUUCCCCCUAUUCAUGCUCUUAGUGCAUGCCCAGACACACGAGGCGCGGUCGGUGGCGGAAAAUGCGCUUAACAAGAUGCAUUCGUCACUGGCAUUCCAAACACCGUUUUCAAUGCUACUCUCCCUUAAGAACAUUUGGGAGUUUUCCGACGCACAUGGGGCUGGCAACUCCAAGUGGAGGGAUUUGGUUAAGAACCUGUCAAUCGAACUGAACAUAUUGCUAUGAUUUGAUUCAUCAAGGUUGGAAUACACGUCAGGUAGAGGGUUUGGCAGUGAAAGCAGGAAGGGCCAGAUUCGAUAUCAAUUGGCAGAUACAACAAUCACAUUCAAUCAACAUAACUAUCGAGUAGUAUAGAAAACGUUGGGUC